GCGGCCGCGCAGUGAGAGGAGGAGGGGGCGAGUGGGGCGGGUCGGAACCGGCGGAACCAGCGGAACCGAUUGGAGCCGAUCGGAACCAUCGGAACCAUUGGAGCGGGUCAGGGCGGUUCGGAGCGAGUCGUGCCGUGUGCAGCCCCGUCCUUCCCGGCCCAUCGGACCCGCCGUCAUGGAGCCCGGCCCGGCCCUGCCCGCCCGCCGCGUCCCGCCCCGCCGGACAGCGCUAUAGCGGCGGCAGUAACGCCGCCCGGUUAAUUAAUUAAUCCCCGCUGUUAUUUAUUGCUCCACCCCCCCAUAACCCCCCCAUAUCCCCCCUAUAUCCCCCCAUAUCCCCCCUUUCCGCUCCCACCCCCCGGCUCCCCUCAUUGCCGGCCAUGGAGCUGCCCGUCCCCACGGCCGCUCUGCUCCCCCCGCCCGCCCCCUCGGGGCCGCUCACCCCGCUGCUGUGGAUGCUGGUGCUGGGUUUCAUCAUCGCCUUCGUCCUGGCCUUCUCGGUGGGCGCCAACGACGUGGCCAACUCGUUCGGUACGGCCGUGGGCUCCGGCGUGGUGUCGCUGCGCCAGGCCUGUAUCCUGGCCAGCAUCUUCGAGACCGUGGGCUCCGUGCUGCUGGGGGCCAAGGUCAGCGAGACCAUCCGCAAGGGGCUGAUCGACGUGGACAUGUACAACGACACCCAGCACCUGCUGAUGGCCGGCUCCAUCAGCGCCAUGUUUGGCUCGGCCGUGUGGCAGCUGGCGGCUUCGUUCCUGAAGCUGCCCAUCUCGGGGACGCACUGCAUCGUCGGAGCCACCAUCGGCUUCUCACUGGUGGCCAAAGGGCAGAAAGGCGUCAAGUGGUCCGAGCUGCUGAAGAUCGUGUUGUCCUGGUUCAUCUCACCCCUCCUCUCCGGCAUCAUGUCUGCUGUCCUCUUCUUCCUUGUCCGUAGGUUCAUUCUGCACAAGACAGACCCCGUCCCCAAUGGCCUCCGUGCUCUGCCCGUCUUCUACGCCUGCACCGUGGGGAUCAACCUGUUCUCCAUCAUGUUCACCGGCGCACCCUUGCUGGGCUUUGACAAACUGCCUCUCUGGGGUAUCCUCCUCAUUUCGGCGGGGAGUGCUGUUGUCUGCGCUCUCGUCGUCUGGUUCUUUGUAUGUCCAAGAAUGAAGAAGAAAAUCGAACGAGAAAUCAAAUCGAGUCCCUCUGAAAGCCCUUUGAUGGAGAAGAGCGGCAGCCUGAAGGAGGAGCGUGAGGAGCCCAAGGUGCCGCUGGGCGACGCUCCUAUGGGCGAUGCUAAGAGCCCCAGCACCGAGGCAGCGUCUGCUGUGCCACCACGGGCGGCCACGGAGGAGCGGGCUGUGUCCUUCAACCUGGGGGAUGCAGAGGAGACCCCCGAGCGGCCCCCGAGCAUCGACCUGAAGGAAACCAAUGUGGAUGGUGGAGCCGUUCAGCUGCCCAAUGGUAACCUGGUGCAGUUCCACCAGCCCGUGGGCCACCAGCUGACGUCCAGCGGGCAGUACCAGUACCACACUGUGCACAAAGACUCAGGUUUAUACAAAGACUUGCUACACAAAAUGCACCUGGCCAAAAUGGGGGACUGCAUGGGGGACUCAGGGGACAAACCCCUGCGGCGCAACAACAGUUACACGUCGUACACCAUGGCCAUCUGCGGAAUGCCCCUGGACUCCCUCCGGGCCAGGGAGGGGGAGGAGAUGGAGAAGCUGGCCUGGCCCGUGGCGGACACCAAGAAGCGGGUGCGCAUGGACAGCUACACCAGCUACUGCAACGCGGUGGCCGACGUGCACCCCGCUGCCGACGUGGAUCUGAACGCUGCUCAAGUGGAGAUGGGCCUCGGGGACAGGAAGGGCAGCAGCAGCUCGUUGGAGGAGUGGCAGGACCAGGACAAGCCCGAGGUGUCCCUGCUUUUCCACUUCCUCCAGAUCUUAACAGCCUGUUUUGGAUCCUUUGCCCAUGGAGGGAAUGAUGUCAGCAACGCCAUCGGCCCCCUGGUCGCACUCUACCUGGUCUAUCAGACGGGUGAUGUGGCCACCAAGGUGGCAACCCCCAUCUGGCUGCUGCUCUACGGGGGUGUGGGGAUCUGCAUCGGGCUGUGGGUGUGGGGCCGCAGGGUCAUCCAGACCAUGGGUAAAGACCUGACUCCCAUCACACCAUCCAGUGGCUUCAGCAUCGAGCUGGCAUCCGCCCUGACCGUGGUCAUCGCCUCCAAUGUGGGGCUCCCCAUCAGCACCACGCACUGCAAGGUGGGCUCGGUGGUGUCGGUGGGGUGGCUGCGCUCCAGGAAGGCGGUGGAUUGGCGCCUGUUCCGUAACAUCUUCAUGGCCUGGUUCGUCACCGUGCCCAUCUCGGGUCUCAUCAGCGCCGCCAUCAUGGCCCUCUUCACGUUCGCCGUGCUGUGAGCGCGAGCCCACGCUGUGCCUGCUUGCUGCUGCCCGGCGUGAGGAGGGGGACACACACACAGCCCCCUCCCCACCAUGGGGCUCCCUCCGUUCCUCCACGUGUUGUCACCGAGUCUCUGUAUGGUUUAUUUUUAUAGCUGUGUGGUGCUGGGCUGUCCUGCUGCUCUCAGCCCAGCACUGACGAGGGCUGCGUUACUUUUUUAUCCCCCCCUUGCCCUCUUUGCCCCCCAGUUUAACCCGGACCCUGCAGUGACCCCCUGGGGGCCAUGGGCUGUGCUGUGCUCGGCUUUGCCCCCCGCACUGCUGCUACCUCGGACUCAAUAAAGGUUUCCUUCGUACGCCA